AUGUUUAGAGAUGGGAGAGGCGCACCCACCGACGUCGAUGCCGAUGGUAACACACUGCUCCAUCGUGCACUGAAGUACCAUGAACCUAAUUUCGACUAUUCCAAGAGUGUCGCUACUCACAGGCAAUAUUCAUUGGCUAUGGAAGAGCUGGUAAUGGGCCUCGUAGCGGCUGGAGUGCCAGUAGGCGAAAUGGGCAGGCAUGGAGAAACUGCUUCGUUUAUCUUGAUGGAGAAAAUACUCUAUCUGGAACGCCCACAUGAGGUCCCGCUGUACAAAGGUCUUCGAAAAGGUCUCAUAAGCCAUCCGAAUUCCAUUUGCCAGUUUGAGGAGGAUCUACAACACAUCUUCUCCAAACAAACUGUAUGGUACGAAGCCUUUGAGGGCUUAUCAGCUUUCCUGUACCGUCUGUUUCAAUACGAUCACGACCUUGCUAAAGAACUCGAAAAUCUUGGAUGUCAAGCCAGUGCCCUCCUGGACAUUCCCUCGAUCUACGAAACGUACAUGGCCAUGAAAAACGCUUCGGUUUCGAUCCCCAACAGCCUCGAUUUCUCGUACUUCAACCCCGAAUCAGGCCCCAUCUCAUUUUUCAGCCAACUCGUUGCUCCAAAUGCAUUUGCGGCCAAUUUGAUCUACGACGCCGGCUUCCGAUCUGACACCGGGAACAUCGACUUCAACAAACGGUAUGCCUACCACAUCCUUCAAGACAGCGUCGACCUGUUGCUGUGGGUGACAAGUAAAGGUGUCACGACGUCACAAAUCAACCUCCACACAUUCAUGCACAACACAUCCUGGUACAAUUCACAACCACUACCACCCGACGAUUCCUUCCACCACGCCAGCAAACUGCUCGACAAAUUCUGGGACAUCUACCUGUCCCGUAGCGGACAAGACCACGACGAAUGCCCCUUGCUGCGCCGGCCUUUGCGUCCCGGCCCUCGCCGCCUUCAAACAAGAUGCCGAAAGCUUGAGGCCGGCGGAACGGAGCGACGGUCUCGACUUCUCGUCGCCGGCAUGGGGCUGGUUGGUGCCGAUGUUCGUUCGUUGUUCGCUGUUCGAGCGGUUGCGGUUGACUCACUCGGCCGGAUGCUGCUAUUUCGAUUCGUGCCGGCGGACGACGCGGCAGCGGCCGUCGGACCUGGAGGCCAGACAGAAGGGGGAAUGGUACUCUUCAUCCCGGUUGGAGGAUCUCGCUGA